AUCAUUGAGGCUUUUAUUUUAACUAAUUAACUAAUUAUUUGUUAAAGAUUCAGACUAUAAAUCCAUGUGUUCCAGUGAUUUUUUUUCUGAUUACUUCUACUGGAGUAGAUUUCUGUAGCGGCGGUCGUGGUCCUCUGACGGUUGUUUGUGAUGAAAUGAAUGAAGAGAGAGGGAGGGAGGGAGAAAGUGAGUAAGAGAGGCGGCGAGCUCCUCAGUUGCCUUAGCAGCGCAGCUUCAUUCCUCCACAGUCGAGCUUCAGUCUUCUGCUGGAGCGCUUCUCUCCACCAGUGCCAGGUUUUUUCUCAGUUUCUCUAAGAGGAUUGAUGCUUUUCGUUCCAUUCUGUUGCUUUUUCUACACGGAGGAAAGUUUCAUCAGGCGCUGAGAUGAAGAGAAAGGUGUGAAGGUGAAUCCAGAACUGACGUAUACAGGUGAGGCGAUGGAGAGGCCGGGAAACGGGAGCGCGCUGGAGGUGUCCGCGCGCUGCGGGGAGAUGGGGAACCUGAGCGCGGAGGUGACCGACUACAACGCCAGCUGCAGCAACAGCUCCGUCCUCUCAAGACCGCCAGUCAGAGCCCGAGAGGUGGACUCGUUUCGCAUCCUGCUCUACUCGCUCAUUUUCCUGCUCAGCGUCUUCGGGAACCUGCUGAUCAUCGUGGUGCUGACGCUGAACAAGCGCAUGCGAACCGUCACCAACUCCUUCCUGCUGUCGCUCGCCGUCAGCGACCUGAUGAUGGCCAUCUUCUGCAUGCCCUUCACGCUCAUCCCCAACAUCCUGAAGGACUUCAUCUUUGGAGCAACUAUGUGCAAGAUCGUCACAUACUUGAUGGGGGUUUCUGUUAGCAUCUCCACCUUCAGCCUGGUGGCCAUCGCCAUCGAGCGCUACAGCGCCAUCUGUAACCCACUGCAAUCCCGCGCGUGGCAGACCCGCUCCCACGCCUACCGUGUCAUCGCCGCCACCUGGGUCGUAUCACUGCUGAUCAUGGUGCCGUAUCCCGUCUUCAGCGUCCUCAAGUCUUUCCCAAAGAUCAACGGCACCAUGGGACACAUGUGCCGCCUGGACUGGCCCAGUCAGCAGGCGGAGCAGACCUGGUACGUGCUGCUGCUGUUCACCUUGUUCUUCAUCCCGGGAGUGGUGAUGAUUACGGCUUACGGCCUGAUCUCCAGAGAGCUUUACCGAGGCAUUCAGUUUGAGCUGAGCCAGAACAAGGAGACCACUGGUCACAAGAACGGUCUGAGCCGGGCGAUGAUGGGGUCAAACGAUGACGAUGACGGCUGCUACAUCCAGGUGUCCAAAAAGCCUGCGUUUGCAGUAGAGCUCCCCACGCUCUCCGCAUCGUCCAGCGCAAUUCAGGCCAAGACCGAGCGCGCCCGUAGUAACACCUCAGAGGCCAAACUCCAAGCCAAGAGGCGAGUCAUCCGCAUGCUGAUGGUGAUUGUAGCUCUCUUCUUCGUCUGCUGGAUGCCUCUGUACUCCGUCAACACAUGGAAGGCCUUUGACGACAAGUCGGCCUCCAAAGCCCUGUCGGGGGCCCCCAUCUCUUUCAUCCACCUGCUGUCCUACACCUCCGCCUGCGUCAACCCCAUCAUUUACUGCUUCAUGAACACUCGUUUCCGCAAAGCCCUGCUGUCCACCUUCGCCUGCUGCUGCCGCCGCAGCCGCCUGUGCCGCCGGUGCUGGUGGCGCAGGAGGAGGGAGGGGGAGGAUGGCAUCAACGCCGCCUCUAUGGCCACCUCCAUGGUGACCUCAAUGUCCAAGUUCAGCUACACCACCGUCAGCAGCGCCGGCACCUGCUGAGCCCCAAGGAGGCUGGGGUGGUCUCAUCAUUGGCCGUCAGCGGCCGUCAUGUUGUGCACCAUCUGUUUUCCCCCCGACUUCCAUUUCUCACUCCUAAUGUACUUUGAGUCACGCGCUGAGUGAGAUCCAAGAAAAAGGUCUCGUUCAAAUUUGAUGUGCAAGGCGGAAAAAAAUAACCUGCUGCUCGAGUUUAGUGACAUUCUUUUACAGUCAUUGGCAGCAACUGCUUUACUGGAGAGAACAUCAAGUGCCUGUGCGCCUCGUGUAGCUUUGUUUGUCUUGAUUCUGUGUUCUCCUAAUGAGACGAGUACAAAUAUAAAGACAGUGUACAAAAAUACCAGCUUCUACUGUUGUAACCAUUGAUAAAUGUUUUGAUAAAACCAUGCAACUGAAUUAUUUUUAGUUUCAUUCUUUCCAAGUGUCGGGAAAAAAAAAAAACCCAAAAAUAUAUGUAUAUAAAAGAAGGCUAAAAAUUGUUUUUUUUAAAUGCAUGCUGUCAUUUUCAUUUGAUAAAACUUCCCUGAAUGUGAUUUAUUUUCUUUCUUUUCCAAAGACUUACCAGGUCAAAUCACGACCAGAGCCCCUUCGUUCUGUGUGUACGUCCACCUGGUGUCCGAUCCAUGUCAUUAAUAAUGCGUUUGUGGUCCACCGCCAGGCUGUCAAAAUGAUCUAUAUCUGACAUUUUGGGAGCUGGGAUGGAGUGACGGGCUCCCAGAAGAAUGCUCCGAAUGAUGAAUUUAUGUUGGGGUAUAAACACUGAUAAGGAUGUUUCUGAGAAUGUGCAGAGCUGUCUUGUAGGGAGGAAAAGAAAAGUCUCUUAAUUGUUGAGCUUUAACAGAUGCAUGCGUAUUUGUGCACAUAAAACAACAAUGAAAAAAAGUUGCAAGAUUCAAGACAAUAAAACUUUGUUUGGGAAAAGUAUGCAUUGAUUUUAUAUCCACAUCCUGGGAACUGGGAUUAUAGUGUAUUAUAGUGCAGUACUUUUGACCAGAAGUCAUGAGAUUGGCCAAUCUAGGAGAGAUUUUGUUAAAUGGGACCAAUUCCUUAAAGUUGCAUAAUGUCUGAUGUAAAAGUUUUGUAGGACACGAAUUUCAUUUACGCAGUGAGUCAAGGGUCCAACACCUGCUGUCACAAACAGGUAGACAGCUGGUUCCACGUGCAGCAGGUUUAUUAGUUCAGACAGGAACUAAGCACAACUAAAAGUCCACAAAGCUAAAUCAGGGUCAGACAAGUAGAAGUCAGUCAGGAGCAUCAUGAAUAGUCUGAGUCCAGGUGAGGGUCAGGGCAGGCGGAAGGCAAUCAGAGAUAAAGCAGGGUCAGGUACACAGAGGAUCAUGUCCAGAUAGAAACGCUCAGUAACAAUGAUGAGUGGCACA